AUGUCAUCGAUUAGUUCCAUCACUUCAUCGGACCCCAUGUCGCUGCCAGCAAGGAUACAAGUAGAUGUAAAUACAUUACAAGAUGAAGAAAAACUACAACAGGUUGGAGGCGCAACCUUUAACAUGUGGUACCUCAACUGGUCAGGUGGAGGUGGCAUAGAUUCAUCAGCCACUGAUUCAUUCACGCGAUCAAAAUACAGAGUCAACAUAAAACGAGAUCAAGGAUAUACAAGAGCAGGAGAUGCUUCACCAGUAUGUCUUUUUUUCAGCAGAGGGUGUUGUUAUUUGGGAUCUAACUGUAAAUAUCUCCACAACCUACCGAGCAAAUCAAAGUUUUACAGCCAAGCUAAAGAUUGCUUUGGAAGAGAUAAAACCGCUGAGUACAAUGACGAUAUGGAUGGCGUGGGUUCCUUCAAUCACACAAACAAGACCCUUUAUAUAGGAGGAAUUCAAAUCAGGCCGAAUAUUGAAGAGUUGGUUACCAAAAAUUUUGAGGAGUUUGGAGAUAUUGAGAAAGUUAAGGUCAUAUACAACAAAAAUUGUGCAUUUGUCACCAUGAAGACCGAAUUUGAUGCCCAGUUUGCUAAAGAAGCCAUGAAUAGACAAUGCUUGAUUAAUCCGGAAACUAAUAGCAGCAAGAGUAAAGAAGUACUACAUGUACGAUGGGCACAUCAAGAUCGAAAUCCUGAAGCACAAAAACAAAAUAAACGAAAAAUGGAGCAAUUAGCAAUGGAUACAGUAAAGGAAUUGUUGAGUAAUGAAGCGUGUAAACGAGUUAAGAUGGGUGAAGAUCGAAUUAUUGACAAAUCACCGCUUGAAGUUGUCGAGGUGGAACUUGACAAUGAAAACGAUGAAGAUGACGAUGAACUGGAUGACGAAGGAGAGGAAGUGGAUAAUGUGCCUGAAAUCAUACCAAAUGGUAAUGGGAAACUACAUCGUGGUAAAAUGCCAAUCAGAAACAUGGGUUUGAGUCAAAACGGUACCGGUCAUCAUCAUCAUAAUCCACAUAACUAUAGCUAUGAUACCAACGGAAAUGGCCAUGCUCAAAAUGGUAAUAGCCGAAAUCACAGUAUUGCCGGAGAGAUUAGUCAUAGUGGAGGCGCCACUAGUGAUGAAAUAAGACAAGACUUUUUCGAGAGACACGGAUUAGUUAAUCAAUCAACACUUAAAGAUUUGGCAGAAAUACGGAAAAAAAUGAAAACAACCCGGCAUGAACCAAAUUUGGUUAGUGUUUUGGGUAAUUAUUCGAGUGAUGAAGAUGAUGAUUAG